GAAAAUCUUCAGCGCCGGCCUUCAACCUUCGAUUGCACAAUGUACGCACAAGCUAAUAAUUGAAAACUGUUGAAUAAAACGUGUAUAAAUAUUGCGAAAUGUAAUUACAUGGAUCAUUCGAUUUUCGUGUCUCUUAGGAAUCAUCCAAUCUACUCAAAAUGAAACUUGUCAUCGUUCUUGUUGCAUUGUUCGCCAUAGUGUACGCUGAUGUAUCUGAACUUCCUGCCAAGAAAUACCUUCCAGCCUCAGAGCAAGCUGGUGCAAAGGCAGAAUCCGGUGUUAGUAAUGAAGGGCCUGGUUCUGAGCAGCAAGGUCACGACGCAGUAACCAUUGAAUCAGCUGCUAAUUUGAAUCAGGGUCCGCAAGCCACAAGUCAAGAUGAAGCCCUAGGUCAGGGUGGUCAAGCUCGUAACGAAGAACCCAAACCCGCUCACACCUUUGGUGAAGACGGUUAUCGCUACAAGCAACCUACAUUCUAGAGCAGCGACUAACAAACUAUUAUAAAAAUCAUUAUUUAUAAUUCCUUCCUUGUGAUUAAAUAAAAAGUGCGUACGUGGAUAAUACUAUA